AGAGGAAGAGUGUGAAAGAUACUGAGGCCCAGCUGGAAUAACAGCGGCUUCCUCUGACAGAUCGUGCACGCAGCAGUGCUGAGAGAGGAGUGAGCCCAUGGCUUGGUUCGGUCUGCACGUUUAAAAGCAGGUGUCCCAUGAAGGUGUAUAUGCAGCUGCAUAUGAAAAGUAUAUUGUCAGUUUUCUAAAUAUAAAUAUUGUCUCUGAAAUCUCAGUGUGUAACAUAUUUAAGCUUAUUGUUAUAUUCAUUCCCAGCAGGACACAACAGUCAGUGGGUUAUUUGCACCAGUGGAAGAGGCAGAACAGGCAGCUACGUAGCUUCUGGUUCUGGUUUUAUUCUGGUUCUGGUUUUUCAGUGAGGGUACAUGGAUUGUAUUGAGAUCUGGGAGAUCUGGAAACAAGAAUGGAUGCCUGCUGAAAGCAGCGGUUACAGGCCUACUGGAUCUGAAUGUGGCACAGCUUUCUGAGUGGAUUCUCCAGCUGCCAACAGAGGACACUGUGGUUCUCUCUGUAGACUCUCGCUCUGUCUCCUCCCACGCUCCUCCACUUUGUGGACCAACCGGCCCUGGUCUGCGGCUUGGACAGCGUCUCAUCGCUCUCCAAGAUGAACUUCCAACCUUAAUGUUUCUGAGGGUGGAUGAAGGGCAGCGCGGCCUGAUCUGGGCCCGCGGACGUGUGUGUGUAAUCUGUCAUGGAUCUGGUUUCAUAAUAGUUUAGACCGGUUACAAGACUGCCCGCUUAUUAGGACAACAUUAGCAACAGUGGGGAUAUGGACGGGGCGGAUGUGAGCCAGCUGUCCGACGAGGAGCUGCUGAUGCUGGGGAAGGAAGAUCUCAUCCGGAGGCUAAGGAGGCUGGAGAGCCGCAACAUGGACCUGAUGCUGGAGCACGGAAAUAUGAUGAAAGACGUGAACCGGAGCCUGCAGAUCCACCUUCACGAGAUCCGGAGUCUGAAAGAGGUCAACCAGAAACUGCAGGAUGAUAACCAGGAGCUCCGAGAGCUGUGCUGCUUCCUGGACGAUGACCGACAGAAGGGGAAGAAGGUGUCCCGGGAGUGGCAGCGGUUCGGCCGCUACACGGCCAGCGUCCUUUGGAAAGAUGUCGGGCUGUACCAGCAGAAGCUGCAGGAGCUGGAGGCUGGCCAGGAGGCGCUGAGGACGGAGAACAUGGAGCUGAAGGAAAUCGUCCAUAUGCUGGAUGAGGAGAGGAGCGGAGCCGGCUCCCGGAGCUCCAUCGACAGCCAAUCCAGCCUGAGCAACCUGAACGUCUCGGUGCCGGUUCGGGACGUCGGGGAUGGUAGUAGCACAUCCAGCACCGGAAGCGUCGGUAGUCCCGACCACCACAACCCCUUUCACAAAGCAUCAGAGGGAAAGAUCGCUUCUCUGAGGAGGUCUAUGGACGACCUGUCCGCCUCUGCCUGCCCCUCAGGAACGGGGCUCAGCGAUGUAUCAGCCAGCUACAUCAGCCAGCUGGAGAACAAGAUGAGGAUGCUGGAGGACGAAAACAAGCAGCUGCUGUCACAGCAUAUCUCUACAUGCGUUCCUGUCUGUUUACUUGGUGAUUACAAUGAUUGUGAUCAGAGGGUGCACCUGCCUCCCCAGGGUGCUGCUCGGACCCCCAGCAGUGAACCCUCCCCCACAGGGUUCUACCUCCCCCCGGAGCAGAAACCAGAAGCUGUAGUCCACGCAAUGAAGGUGCUGGAGGUCCAUGAGAAGCUGGACAGGCAGAGCUCACAAGAAUAUGAUGAAGAUCUUAGUGAGAAAGAGAAGGCCAUUGUCAGAGAGAUGUGCAACGUGGUUUGGAGAAAGCUGGGUGAUGCUGCCGGCUCCAAGCCUUCCAUCCGACAGAAGCUUUCAGGCAACCAGUUUAAAGGGCAUUUAUAGUUGUCAGACACCAAGUGAAAUCACAAGUGGUCCCAGCAAACCUAGUUUGGACUGGAAGCUUUUCUGCAUGGGAUUUGCUCUCUUGGCUAUCAAACUACAACUACUCAGCCUGAACUAAACUGAGUCAUAAUGGAUCAGCUCAGUCUAGCAGGACAUAGUACUGAAAUGCCAACACUGGAAGACUCUGGCAGUCACACCUUUGGUGCAGAUGGACACACAACCAAUCUCAUAAAAGCCUGGAUUUGGGUUUACCUUUUGCCAUCUUGAAAGCAGAAAAUCCAAAUGUGAGAAAUGUGACGGAAGCCUGGUUGGAGCUCAAACGCAAGCAGCAGUCACCAUGGCUUAAUGUGAUAGGCUGAGACACCGGUCAGUCAAGCAAACACAACCAGAAAAGCUCACUUUAAGCCUUAAUAGCUCCUAAAUGGUUCAAUAAUUGUCAGAAUUACCACCUAGACACACACAUAAAAAGUGACACUUAAUAUUGGAAAUAUAACUGAGUUAGCUGGAGCUUUACAUCAAAACUUUUAUUUAAUUUCUUGGAAAUUCAUGGACAUGACAUGACGAUCGUGUCAUUUACAGUGUGAACGCACAGUAACAAUUCAAAAAAGUCAAAGCCCGGAACCACAGAAACUUUUUGCGAUUUAUCUUUUUCUUUUAAUGCUUAUAUUUAAACAGCAGAAUUACUCAUGUAUGCAUGAAAACUGCUGGCUCUUGUUUCAUACCUUCUGUACAUAAAUGUAGUCAAAGUCAGGACUAAAAACUAAGCAAUGAAAAUUCCUGUUUUGAGGAAUGCCACAAAGACAUACAGUGGUGUGAAAAAGUGUUUGCCCCCUUCCUGAUUUCUUUAGUUUGUCACACUUAAAUGUCUCAGAUCAUCAAACAAAUUUAAAUAUUAGUCAAAGAUAACUCAAGUAAACACAAAAUACAGUUUUUAAAUGACGGUUGUUAUUAAGGGAAAACAAAAUCCAAACCUACAUGGCCCUGUGUGAAAAAGUGAUAAUAACAACCUUCAUUUAAAAAUUGCAUUUUGUGUUUAUUUGUGUUAUCUUACUAAUUUAAAUUUGUUUGAUGACCUGAAACAUUUAAGUGUGACAAACAUGCAAAAAAAAAAAGAAAUCAGGAAGGGGGCAAACACUUUUUCACACCACUGUAUGUACAUGAGGACAUAAAAUGUUAAUAUUUCAGGCUUCUCUCUUCCUUAGGAACUGCUUUUACUUGAGACUAUUAUGAGAUGCUCUAAGGGACACGCUUGGGAAACAUGCUUGUGCUGUCUUAAUCACAGUAAGAUUAGAAGAUUGCGGGGUGCCCUGGUAGCUCACCUGGUAGAGCGUGCGCCCCAUGUACAAGGCUAAGUCCUUACUACAGCCCACGACUCUUUGCUGCAUGUCAUCCUCUUUUUCUCUCUCACAUUUCCUGUCUCUCUUCAGCUGUUCAGCCUAUCAAAUAAAGGCAAAAAGCCCAAAAAAUAAUCUUUAAAAAAGCUUAAGCCUCCAUCAAAACUGAAUAUCUCUCUAAGAACUCCAAAAACAUAGUAUUUACAUGUUGUCUUUUGUUGGGUCCAAACUAGCCACCAAUUCAUCCAACAGUCAUCUGGGGGUUUUUUUUCAGGGUAAUUGUGCAAACCUGGCAACCCCACUAUGAGGACAAGUGAGUGCGCCUUGCAGUCACUGCAACCCCUGAAAUGACAAUAUCAUGUCAUUUUCUGUUUAUACAAUUUGAAUACACAAUAUACAGUGUGUAAAUAAGGCAGCUUAGAAGAUGUUAGUAGGUGACUUGGUCCCCUUUUGAUGAACAAGGGCAACGUUUUCUUUCUAUCUUGGUGCUAAGCUACGCUAAAUACAACAAGGAGCCACAGACAUUAAAUUGAUGCAGUCUUCUUAUCACACUAUGAGUAAGACAAAUAACUGCAUUUCCCAAAAUGUCUCAGUGUUCCUUUUCUAAAAACAGGAUAUUAAAUAGCCCUAGCAAAUCAUUUUGCCUUGCUUAGUUUGUAAGUGUCUACAACAAUGUUAUCUUAUGUUCGAAUUACAUAAAAUGAUAAUAAUAUCCAUUUUUAUAUUUUGCAAUUUCAAGCAAACUUUGAUCAUUUCAGGUGACUUAGCACUACAAUUAUAACUUUAUUCCCACCAUGACCAUUUUGAGUGGACAUGAAAAAAGAUAAGGACUACAAACUAUCAAAUUAGCUAACCUCUUAGCUAAAAUACCUAGUUACCAGAAGCUAGCUUGGACUUUUGGAGUUUUGGAUAUUUGAGUUCUACCUACUUAGAUCAUAGUUAGGUCUCUUAACAGCUAGUAUACACUAUUGUCUCAAUUUAACAGACACUCUUCAGAUUGAAAUUUUACAUGUUUCAGGAUAAUGUUUCUAUAUACUGUACACUCGUGUUUUACAAUUUAUGUAGGAGUCAUAAAUUAAGUUAAAUGCUGCAUACUUUCUUUUUGUUUAUUCUCACAUUUGUUCUAAAUGAUUUUGAUAUACAAAGAUAGUGGAAUUUCCUAUGAAAUUCUUUGAGUUCAACACAUUGGUAAAGAUGUUAUGUGUGCACCAUGUGCUGUCUUUCUCUUAAAAAUGGUUAUGCCGUCUUUAUGUCCUAUUUUACUGGAUAAGAAAGUGUGUGCAUUUAUUGAAUGCGUGGUUAAAAAUUCUGAAUGUAGCCGGUGACUUGUGUUUGGUAAUGAACCCAAGUUAUAUGUGGUCGCCUAAACUAGCAGCCACUUGUACAAUAUGAACAGUAAUCAUUUGAAAGAGUAAACAAAUGUUUUAUAUCAGGCUAUUUCUAUAGAAGAUAUUUCUGUUUAAAUUGACAGUUGUUUUAUUUUCAGGUCCAGAGAAAAUACAUCAGUAGAAUGCUUACAAAUGUGCAAAGUGACCUUUGUUGAAAACCCUUACUCCAUUAUACACAAAACUGCUGACUUUUUUUAUUUCUUAAGAGCACAAAGUUAUGUUUUACAAAUAUGUUGAAAAACACAAAAUAAUUUCUUAUAGAGACAUUCAGAUGCACUGCUUAUUCUGUCAUUGACCUAGUGAUGAAAUAUUCCUCUGUGAAAGUGCAUUUUAGAGAAAGACAAGUGCUAUUUAUAAAUACAUAUUUCCAAUAGGUUACCAUGGAGUAGCAUGCCUUUAUAUUUUUGAAUAAGCUGUAUGUAGCUGAAAAUUUAUUUUAGUAGUAUAUGAUUAUGAUAUGAAAAAAUUAAAAAGCCACUUUUAGAUGCUUUUGAAAUAAAAUUUAAUAAAAAAGUAUACUUUCUUUCUAAA